AUGACUCCUGACAUGCCAGACAAAAUAUGGGUGGCAUCACCCCCACCUCAGGAGGAUUGGGGAGACGAUCCAGAUACACAAUGGGCCGUCAAGGGCAUUGUGAGCGACGAUAUCGACGCGUUCGGUGCGAAACGCUAUGAAAUCAAGUGGGCAGACUGGCAUCGAGAAGAUGGCACCAGUACGACAUGGGGAAAACACCAACCCGACAUGGAGAAGAUGAUCGAAGAGUGGAACAAAAACCGAGAAAACAAUUGGCUGGAAAUGGCAAAGGAGUCUUUGGAGAUACCAGUAGCACUCGAACCCUCUCAGCAAUGGCAUGACGCUCUUAACGCCGAGAGAGGGCACGGCUAUGCAGAGAAGGAUACAGAAGCUCAACGCGUUGGUUUGCGGAAGUAUGCUGGUUGGGCUAACAUUCGGUGUCCAGGCGACGAUGGUGACGGCGACUCCGACGAACCUGCCGUUGGAAGUCGUGCAAGACUUCGUGCUAGGCCGGCUUCAGUGUCUGCAUUAUCAAAUCAUGCCGCGCAAUCGACAUCCAACAGACCAGUACCAGCCUCUCCGGUGAGCAGGAGUGUAGCAUCUCCAUUGCCAUCGGUUGGCCUCUCCCCCGAUCGAAACAAAAGCAAUACAUUGGCUUCCACUGGAAGCACCCCGCUAUCUUCACGCCAGCGUUCCUCUACUGCGAAGGUUUCAUCCGCUUCGCCUGCUGUAAAUGACAUAGCACUGGAGCCUAUGAAACGUCCAAUGAAGCCCCUCCCCCGACGCAUAAUAUCCCCCUUACCACCCAUCGUAGAUCGUCGUGCCAAGUUACAGGAGAAAUGGUCAAACGUGGCAAGGGGCUUUGGUGCAGCUCCCGUCAGAAUUGUCAAUGAUGUAAACGAUGAAGACAUCCCGCCUGGCCUGGAAAGUUUCACUUAUCGCGAAUAUUGCUAUGUCCACUCCCCGGAAGUCCUAGUCAGUGAUAUGACUGAUUGUGUUGUAAGUUGCGACUGCGAGAACGGCUGUACCAAUGCAUGGGUAUGUGGAUGUCAAGAUCCAUCAGAAAUCACGAAUGAGUUUGAUGAGAGGGAAUUUGCGUAUGAUGAUAAGGGCCUGUUCAAGUUCAACGUCCCCCCUGGAGUUGAGGUGAUCGAAUGUAAUAAGAAAUGUUCCUGCUACACUACUAGAAAAUGCCCAAACCGUGUGGCACAGACUCCACGCGAGGUUCCAAUCGAAAUUUUUAGGACACGAGAUUGCGGGUGGGGGGUGCGCUGUCCAGUUGAUCUUGUCAGAGGAAAAGUGCUCGGAGUAUAUACUGGGGAGCUUAUAACACGCCGUCAAGCUCAUCAGCGCUCGGACGACCACAAGUCAUACAUAUUCGAUCUGGAUGUGCAUGAGGAUGGCAGCGAAGAUGCAAAGGGGCUCCAUUUUUAUUCUGUCGACUCAUACAUCUACGGGAACUGGACUCGAUUUCUGAAUCACUCGUGUGAGCCCAAUGCGCGUGUAUAUCCCGUCAUCUGGGAUACGAUACCGGAAGUCAAUCAACCAUACUUGGCUAUCGUAACCACACGAGCAGUUCCUGCGGGAACCGAGCUCACGAUAGACUACGACCCGAAAGCCGCCACUUCGUACACAAAAGGCAAAGGCAAGGGCAAAGACCAGAUACCCCCAGGAGCAAGGUUCUGCGCGUGCGGCGCCGCUGAUUGUCGCGGAUGGGUCAGGGUGUGA